UCCAUUUUCUCCCUCGCCACUGCUCAACGCCUUUCUUCUCCUUCCCUUUGCGCCAUUCCAGAUCUCGUCGGCGUUUCCCGCAUUUCCCUUCGCCGGAGCCAAUGAGGACUCCCACCCGCGCCUCCCAGGCGUCACCGCCGCCGCCUUCGCCCGACCCUUCUCCCCGCGAUGCCGAAGCUCUCUUCCGCUCGAAACCCAUCGCCCAGAUCCGCUCCAUCGAGUCCUCCACCCGCCUCGACAUUGACGCCAAGAGCGAAGAACUCCGGCAGCUCGUUGGCCGGAGCUAUCGCGACCUUAUCGACUCUGCUGACUCCAUCCUCCUUAUGCGCUCUUCCUGCGACUCCAUCUCCUCCAACCUCUCCCUUAUCACCUCCUCCCUCUCCUCCCUCUCCUCGGACCCUGAGUCCCGCCCCUCUCCUUCCCCUGCCCGUGAUCCCGCCCGCGCCCGCACCUUCGCCCUCGCCGCCCGCGUCAAGUACCUCGUUGACACUUCCGAGAACAUCUGGGGCUGUCUCGACGAAUCCAUGCUUCUCGAGGCCGCUGGCCGCUACCUCCGCGCCCGCGCUGUCCAUGGUCUCCUCGUCGACUCUGAGAUCCUCUCCAAGUUUCGCCUUCUUGCGCAUCAGUGGCAGAUCGUCGAGAGUUUUCGCCCUCAGAUCUCGCUGCGCAGCCGCGAACGCCUCUCAGAGCCUGGCCUUGCUGUUGCUUCUUAUGCCGACGCCCUUGCUGCCGCUGCCACCAUUGAUGAUCUCACCCCCCAGCAGAUCUUGUCUCUGUUUCUUGAUUCCCGGCGAUUGUGGAUUUCUCAGAAGAUCGCCGGCUCUUGCUCCAAUCUUGAAUCUUUUACUGCAUUGAUGUGUGAUGUUGUUCGGAUAAUUCGGGCCAGCUUGGGGCAGGUUGGUGAGCUUUUCGUUCUUGCUUUGAAUGAGAUGCCGUUGUUUUAUAAGAAGGUUCUGGGAUCGCCUCCGGGAACUCAGCUCUUUGGAGGAAUUCCAAAUCCAGAGGAGGAGGUGAGGAUUUGGAAAUCAUACCGCGAGAGGCUUGAGUCUGCAAUGGUUCUUCUUGAACCAGAGUUUGUGGCCAAUACUUGCUCUUCAUGGUUGAAGGACUGCUGUGAUGAGAUCUUUGGAGCUUUGGCAAAUGGGAAAAGAUUGAUUGAUGUAAUUGAGAAUGGACAUGGUUUGGCAUCUGCUGAGAAGCUUGUGCAUGAGGCUCUGGACAAACGAGAAGGGUUGGAGGCAAGCUUGGAGCAGUGGCUUAAGAGUGUUUUUGGAUCAGAGAUUGAGUCUCCCUGGAGCCAGAUUUGUGGGCUCAUCUUGAAAGAUGGGAAGGACAUUCUUGAAGAUAGGUUGGAGGAGGCCUUCUUGAGAAAGAUGAAAGAGAUUGUAUUCUCUAGUUUUGAGGAUUUGCGGAAGACCAGUGUAAAGGAAUCUGUGGAAGCUAUUGUAGCCCGUGAUACCAAUGGAAAUGAUUUCCACGCUUAUCUGAAGAAACCUUCCACUGGUGGAGGAGUAUGGUUUUCAGAUCCGAAUCAUUGCAAGGCAGGGCCUUUGUAUAGUUUGAAACCAAUCAGUGAUGAACAUGACUUCAAAGGUUGCCUCAAUGCUUAUUUUGGACCUGAAGUUGGUCAGAUCAGGGAUGCGGUGGAUACUAGAUGUGGAAGCAUACUAGACGAUGUCUUAUGCUUUGUAGAGUCAUUCAAUUCUACUUCGAGAUUGAAGGAAGUAGUGCCAUAUCUCCAAGAUAGUUGUUACAACACCAUAUCGGCCAUACUGAAAGAACUUGAAGAUGAACUUGGGCAGCUUUCUGAUUCUUUAGGAAAGAAUUCAAAGGACAAGAAUUCUCAGCCAUCUUCUAUGGUCGUGGAGAGGUCCCUUUUCAUUGGGCACCUCUUGUUUGCAUUAAGGAACCAUUCUAGCCAUAUACCAUUGAUACUUGGUUCUCCACGACAAUGGGUGAAAGAAAGAAGUAGUGCUGUGCUUCUAAUGCCGCAAUCACCUUUCUCAAAACAAUCUAAAGUCUCAUUUGAUUCUCCAGUCUCCUUUACACCUAGACGGAAUGUGAUAGAUAGUCCAAGAAGCCCUAGAAGGCAAUUCAGUGAUAGUACUAGGAGGCAGAUGGUUUCAGCAGCUGCUGCUUUGUUUGUAGCGGAUGAUGGUACAAACCCUAAGCUUGAUGAACUCAACAAAAGACUGCAAGAACUUUGUGUCAAAGCUCAUAGCUUGUGGAUAACAUGGGUGUCUGAUGAACUAUCUUCUAUUCUUUCCAAUGAUCUCAGAAAAGAUGAUGCGCUAUCUUCAUCAACUGCUUUGCGGGGUUGGGAAACAACUGUCAUCAAACAAGAGGAUUCUAGUGAUGGCACCGUAGAGAUGAAAAUAUCUCUGCCUUCAAUGCCUUCUCUUUACAUUACUUCUUUUAUUUUCCAAUCAUGUCUACAAAUCCAUAAAGUUGGUGGUCAUGUCCUAGACAAAAUUAUACUGCAAAAUUUUGCCUGGAGAUUGUUGAAGAAGGUGGUCGACAUAUAUGCAGAUUUUACUCCAACUAUUGAGGCUCACGAUUCUCGGGUGUCAGAGAAAGGAGUUCUGCAAAUUUUGUUAGACCUACGAUUCUGUGCUGAUGUUUUAUCAGGGGGCAGAGAUCCUACAGCCAACAACUCUGAAUCGGACACAAACACACCACUACCACCUGUUAGAAGAAUGGCGUCACAAUUUCAAUCUGGAUCUCUGAGUUCAGAGCCUGUGACCCGACUAAUACAUAGGCUUUCGCAAAGGCUUGAUCCUAUUGAUUGGGCUACCUAUGAGCCUUAUCUCUGGGAAAAUGAAAAGCAAUCAUAUAAGCGGUAUGCUGUUCUUUUUGGGUUCUUGGUUCAGCUCAAUCGCAUGUACACUGACACUGUUCAAAAAUUGCCUACAAAGUCAAAUACAGACUCAAAUAUUUUGAGGUGUGGCACAGUGCCACGAUUUAAAUACCUCCCAAUCAGUGCUCCUGUCCUAUCUUCAAGAGGCAUGCAUAAAUCUGCUCUUCAGUCAUCCACAGAUGAUGCAUCGUUGAGUCCGUGGAAAACUCAUUCAAAUGGCCAACAGUUACCAAAGCCUGAUAUGGAUGAUACUAUGAGUUUUGGAGUUGCCACACCAUUGCUGAAGUCCUUCAUGACCCAGGUUGGAAGCAAGUUUGGAGAGAGCACAUCACGGUGGGGAUCUAUGCUUUCUGCUGAUAGCCAAGUUAGCAAAUUCAAGGGCAUGUCAACAAUUGGAGACAUGCUUCCUGCCCCAGCUGCAGGACUUUUCUCAUCUCUUACAGCAGGGGCCUCCAAGUUUGAGUCAUGAUCCUGAGUGAAACCCUGCUGAUUUAUGACUAAGGUUCUUACCAAUGAUAAGUGGAUUGCAUAUAUGAUCGUUGUUUGUCUGAGCUGCAGGUGCUAAGGAUGCAAGCACUGUUACCAAGUUGAAGAUGUGGAGUUCCCAGGUUUAUAUGGAAUAGAAUUUAAAAUAAAAUUCUUGGCAGAUCAAUGAAUUUUGGAAGCAAUGAUUUUGAGUAAAGAGAGAAUUGUGUUCAUCCAUCUGAGAUGAUUGCAGAAUUUCUUUGAGGAAAAGUCCUGUUCACUGGUGGAAAAGAGGGAGGUACAUGAAUUUCUUUUCUUCUUGUAUUGAGGGGCAUUGGAAUGUGGGUGGUUAUUCUCACAUAUGUAGAUUAUUGAAAUAUAUAUGUAGGAACAGAUUUGUGGUCACAGCAUUGUCAUGUAUUGUUUUUCUUUGACAACAACAAAAUAACAGGCAGUCCUGAUUUCCCACAGAAUUGUGAGAAUUAAUUUUUUGCGAGUA